AUGUUUUUAAUCGAGAAACCUUUUCUCUCUCCUCGCCUCCAUCUCCUCCGCCCCCCUCCUCAUCCUCAUCCGUCGUCAUCUACCUUCCCAUCCCGUAAUUAUAUUCUGAAAGAAACAUCUAGAAGAAGCUUUCCAGUUAAGUGGGCACAUUCCACAUCAACCAUGGCUGCAGCAACUGAGGAUAAUUGGAGCCUUAAAGACCAAAUAGCAAAGGUGUUUGAGGUCUCACUUAAAGUUACUGUCCCUGAUGAGCCAGAAGUCGCGCCUUUAAUUGCUGCCUGUGCUAAAAAAGAAUUUGGUGAUUACCAAUGCAACAAUGCCAUGAGCUUAUGGUCCAAAAUAAAAGGCAAGGGUACAGAAUUUAGAGGUCCACAACCUGUUGGACAGGCCAUCAUGAAAAAUCUUCCAACAUCUGAGAUGAUAGAAUCAACAUCCAUAGCUGGUCCUGGCUUUGUUAACGUUAAGUUAUCAAGGCAAUGGAUGGCAAAGAGUAUCCAAAAGAUGCUAAAAGAUGGUAUAGAGACAUGGGCACCAAAACUUCCUGUCAAAAGGGCAAUAGUAGAUUUUUCAUCACCCAACAUAGCAAAAGAAAUGCAUGUGGGACAUUUACGAUCGACUAUCAUUGGAGACACACUAGCACGUAUGCUUGAGUAUUCCAAAGUUGAAGUGCUUAGAAGAAAUCAUGUUGGGGACUGGGGUACGCAGUUUGGAAUGUUGAUCGAGUUCUUAUUUGAAAAGUUCCCUGAUGGGGAGGUUAGUGAUCAAGCUAUUGGAGACCUUGAGACGUUCUAUAAGGCAUCGAAGCAGAGAUUUGAUGGUGACCCUGAGUUCAAAGAUAGAGCCCAGAAGGCGGUGGUCAGUCUCCAGGGCGGCGAGGAAAAGUACCGGAAGGCAUGGGCACAAAUCUGUGAGAUAAGUCGGAAGGGCUACGGAAAAGUAUAUGAGCAUCUGGGAGUCCACUUGGAAGAAAAGGGUGAAAGCUUUUAUAAUCCCUACAUUCCUGGGACACUUGAUCUGCUGAGGGAAAAGGGAUUGAUUGAAGAAAGUGAAGGAGCUCAGGUGAUCUUUAUUGAAGGAAAAAAGAUACCCCUUAUCGUUGUGAAGAGAGAUGGAGGUUUCAACUAUGCUUCAACAGAUCUUGCAGCGCUGUGGUAUCGCCUUAAUGAGGAAAAAGCCGAGUGGAUAAUAUACGUCACUGAUGUGGGCCAGCGAGAACACUUUGAAAUGUUUUUCACUGCUGCUAAACGUGCAGGGUGGCUUCCGACCGAUGAGAGCAAAUACCCUAAAACCAAUCAUGUUGGAUUUGGUCUUGUUCUGGGCGACGAUGGGAAGAGAUUCCGAACGCGUAGUAGUGAAGUGGUAAAGUUGGUUGAUUUGCUUGAUGAAGCCAAAACUCGUUGUAAAGCAGCCCUUGUGGAGCGAGGUAAGGCUGCUGAGUGGACUGCUGAGGAGCUUGAGCAUACUGCUGAAGCAGUUGGAUAUGGUGCUGUUAAGUAUGCUGACCUGAAGAACAAUAGAUUGACCAAUUACACAUUUAAUUUUGAUCAGAUGCUUAAUGAUAAGGGAAAUACUGCCGUCUAUCUGCUGUAUGCACAUGCUCGGAUUUGUUCAAUUAUUCGGAAAUCUGGUAAAGACGUAGAGGAGCUGAAGAAGGAGGGACAAUUAAUAUUGGAAAAAGAGGAAGAACGCAAGCUGGGAUUACAUUUGCUCCAAUUUGCCGAGAUUGUCGAAGAUGCUUGCACAAAUCUAUUACCCAAUAUUUUGUGCGAAUACCUAUACGACCUAUCUGAGAAGUUCACCAGUUUUUACUCCGAGUGCCAGGUGGUUGGAUCUGCUGAGGAGACAAGCAGAUUAUUGUUAUGUGAGGCAACUGCAUUGGUAAUGAGGCAAUGUUUUCAUCUUUUGGGGAUCACUCCUGUCUACAAAAUCUGAUCUCUAAUUUUACAUUUUGGACCCUAUGAAUUUCAUUUGAUGCUAAAUACACCCCUUGGAAGUUGUAAGCAUUCAUAUGGGUCCCUUUUUUUUCUAAUUUUUGAGCAUUUGGGCAUCUUCUAUGACUAGAUAAUGAUUGUAACACAAAGUAUAUGUUAUAAAACCUUACAAAACAUUCUAUCUUGAAAACUAAAAAGGAUUGUUUUGCACAUUUUUUCUGUUUCUUGUAACAGUUAAAUAUUGUAAUUUCGAUUACCGGUUUUCGGUGGUCCCUUGAUUGGUUACG